AUGGGAACUGUUAACAAUACCCUCUACACCGUCAAUGCUGCUGCCUCUGCCGUCAUGGUUGCCGAAUCCAGAAUCCAACCGGCCACUGCACAGUUAAUUUUGAAAGGCCAUGCUUUCCUCGGUUCUAUUUCUUCCUUUUUACUUCUAACAUCUGCUGAUGUUGUUGCUCUCUAUAAUAUCAAAAGGCAUAAGGAAAUGAACAUGGCUUUCCUUACAAUGAAAAAGCGCUGGGGAAGCUGCUGGAGCUUAUAUUGGUGUUUUGGACCCCAUAAAAACAGCAAGAGAAUUGGCAACGCUGUCCUUGUUCCUGAACCUGUCGAAACAAUGGGUCAAGUUGGAUCUCAUCCUGCUACUGCACCAAAUCCUUCAACAACCAUUGUAAUGCCAUUCAUUGUCCCUCCCUCUUCACCUGCAUCUUUUCUCGAAUCUGAUCCUCCAUCUGCCACUCGGUCACCGGUUGGAUUAUUCUCUCUCAGUUCUCUCACUGUUAAGGCUUCUAGUGGACCUGCAUCCAAUUUUGCCAUAGGUCCUUAUACCUACGAGACCCAGUUAAUCUCACCACCUGUAUUUUCAAGCUUUACGACUGAACCAUCUACUGCUCCUUUCACUCCACCUCCUGAAUCUGUGCAGCUGACGACACCAUCGUCCCCUGAGGUCCCAUUUGCUCAAUUGUUGGCAUCUUCUUUAGACCAAGAUUGUAAAAGUAAAGGUGCAAAUCAGAGGUUUGCAUUAUCCAAUUAUGAGUUUCAACUUUAUCAACAAUAUCCCGGAAGCCCUGGCACCCAACUUAUAUCACCUGGAUAA